AUGUUGCCGGCGCUUCUUAUUCUGUGUUUUGUGCCAGUGGCAACUGCACUUGGACGAACUCAAGCAGUUGGUGUGAAAGGAGUUCUUAUAUGCAACGAUAAACCUGCGGCGAAUGUAGAAGUGAAACUCUACGAUGAGGACAAG